AUGCUCAAGGCUCACGGGCUAUCACCCGACGACUGGCUGCAGGAGCUCCUGUCCAGAAGGAAACAGGAUCGCUUGACGACGUUCGAAAUGGGCGAGAGUAUCCGUGGCUAUAACAGGGCGAAGCCCGCGUGGGUCAGGUCCCACAAGCAUUGGCUACGCGAGUUCAUGAUCUCGGAGAAGGACCUUCGCUGGUGCCAGCGAUUCGUGGACCCCGACGGGCUCAUUGCGGUCGUGUCUUUCUCGUACGGGUGCCGGAACACCGACAUCGACGAGGAGGAGCUUUCAAACGCCGUUAGAUCUACGCUCGACGGGAAGCCCCGCAUGUCAUUGGAAGAGAGCCGGGCGGUGGAACUCAUCCUGGAAUUCGAAAAUUUCAUAUCGACCAACCGUAUCCGGCUGGUCGACCUCUUUGAGAGGGUCGACAAAGACAAGGGAGGAACCGUGGACGGCGAAGAGCUCAGGGAGUUUUUGAAGCUUGGGAGGAAAACGUGA